UCGAGCUUCGGCCGCCCCGGUGUUGGACUCGUGACUAUACGCUCGCUCUGCCCGUGUCUGGUUGUUAUUGGAAAUAGGAGCCAUAGGAGCGGAGCUAUAGGAGUCUGUUGCAGCAGCAGCUCCUGUUUGUUGCGCCGCCGCUCCUCACCCAUCAAAAGAAGCUGUUGGAUGGGGAUCCGACUUUAGUCUUUUGGUCAUCGCUCGACUGUGAACAACAUUCGCGGCGUUAGCCACGACUAACAUCGACAAAAACAACUUUUGCGCCACAAUUUCGGUUGGAAAACAUCAAACAAAUUUCGUUUGCUUCAGUUUUGCAAGUGCUGUGCCGCCAGUUCAUUUGGCACUCACGGUCGGUUGUUGAACUCUUCCGGCCGUGGAUGUUUUGUGGUUUUUGAAUUUUUUGGGGUUUUCCCUUCUCCCUAACCCCUCUCCACCAAAGUGUCGCUUUUGUGUGUCCGUUUGCAGUUCGACAGUAGAAAGGCUCACCGAUGAUUAUCUGAGAAUUCCGUGUUGAUUGAGGAAAAAAAAUAACCAAUAGAAAUCAGAGUGCGCGAGUCUCCGGCUCUCCGCCCAAGUGCCCAAAGGUAACAAAAAAGUCCACGGCCAGCCGCCAGCCAUCAUCAACAUCCAUCCAUUUUUCUUCAUGUCGCCUGCUGACGUCCGGUCGACUUCUUCUUGGCCGGCCAGUCGGAAGAAGAAGUAGACAAUUGUUCUUGUUUGUCGCCGCAAAGAAGAAAUAACAACCCGCACCAACAGAACCGAAAAAUAAUUAAAAAAAAGGGAAAUUUGAUUUCCAAUUUGUCCAAAGGAAGAACAUCAUAAAAAGGAUUCCAAUUAUUAAAAUUGGAAUAGAAUAAAAAAAAAAAAACAGAAAAGAAAUCCUCGUUUUCCCGCUGCUGUGCACGUCAUAUUCCGAUAUCCAUUUGGGUAACUGCAUGAAGACUCUAGGAGGACAUUCAUUGGGCAGUCGGGAGUUGACAAGCGGCCGCCUGGACCACUAGCCGCCGGCCGACGGACAAAACAAAAAUAAAACGGGAAACAAACAAUUGUUUGUUUGAUUUUUUUUUCCCGCCGACGAUAUUUUUCUCCCAGGGUGGGUCUUCCGCCCGGCCUUACACUACACGUUGACUCGAACCGGCCAGCAACUUUGCGCCAUCGAGGAGAGAGGAUGAAAGGACGACUGUCAGCCGUGGAUUAUUCUGCUUUCGUUAUUUCGCAUCCGUCUUCAUCCAGUUCCAGCUCUUGCCAUCUGCUGCUCCCGCUGGUCCUCCUGAUGCUCCUGGUCCGGACGCCGGCGGCCGCCACGGCACCGCAACUGGCCAACAGCCCGGCAACAGCGACGACGACGGCCAAACCACCGCCCAACAACACUCCAUUAACUCUUGAGAGCAGCUACUACAGCAGCCGAACUGUGGGUGUUGAUUACCUGGCGGGAGAUUUGAAACCGACGUCGGUGGCAGACCUUAUGGAGACGUACGACUACGAGCAAUCCAACAAUAAUCCAUCAACGUCGCAGCCUCACGCGACGGCGUCGUCGUCGUCGGCCGACCUGGUGGCCGACGAAACUUUCCUCAUCCGACAGCAGCAAGUCGACCAGCAGCACCACCACCACCAGCACCCCCAACAGACGGACAUUCCGCUCCAGCUGAGCGACAUCCUGCCGGCCGAUCGUCGAUCCUACGACAAGAUGGAACCACCCAAAAGAGAAGGCAAACCCACGACCGUCUUCUUCCACGUAACGGUGAUGAGUCUGGAUUCGAUUGACGAGAGCUCCAUGACGUUUGCGGCCGACAUCUUCUUCUCUCAGACGUGGCAGGAUUAUCGACUGCGGUUCCCGGACAACCUGACAGCCGACUACCGGCUGCUGCCCACCUCCUGGCUCAAUUCCAUGUGGCGGCCCGAUUCCUUUUUCAAGAACGCCAAAAAGGUCACCUUUCAGGAUGUCACCAUUCCCAACCACUACAUUUGGCUCUACAAAGAUAAAAGCAUCCUCUACAUGGUCAAGUUGACGCUGAUUCUCUCGUGCUCCAUGAAUUUCCAUCUCUACCCGCACGAUACGCAGCAGUGCGCCAUGAAGAUCGAAAGCCUUUCGCACACGACCGACGAUUUGGUUUUCAACUGGGAACUCAAAACGCCGUUGGUCGUCGACGACCGCAUCGAAUUGCCACAGCUGGACCUCGUCAACUCUGCCAUCGGCGAUUGCCUUCAGGUUUAUUCCACCGGAAAUUUCACUUGUCUGGAGGUGGUCCUGUCCUUCCGGCGCCGAUUGGGCUACUAUCUCUUUCACACGUACAUCCCAACGUGCCUGAUCGUCGUCAUGUCCUGGAUCUCGUUCUGGAUCCGGCCGGAAGCCGUACCUGCCAGGGUCACACUGGGAGUCACUUCAUUGCUCACGCUGCACACACAGCACGCCAAUUCGCAGAAAGCUCUGCCGCCCGUCUCCUACAUCAAGGCGAUUGACGUGUUCAUGUCGGGCUGCACCGUCUUCGUUUUCAUGUCGCUGAUGGAGUACGCCCUGGUCAACAUUCUGAUGGGCGACAUAGUCGACGGCGAGGAGAGCGCCCUCAAGAAAGGCAUGAAGUCCAUGUUUAUGACGACAGCCGGUGGCGGCAACAACAGGAGCGGCGGAUCCACCCGGAUGCCGACCACCACCAGUCAACAAUUGAUGGAGGUGCAGCCGCAUUGUUUGCUGAAGAAUUCGAUGACGACGCCGUCGGCGAGUAUCCAGCGCUCCAAGAGCAUGAUGACGUCAUCGUCGUCGUCGAUGGGCUGCCGCAACUUCAACAGCAAAUCGCAGCACGCGACGCGGUUCACGAGUGGCAGCAGCGCCCGGCUGCAGCAUCACGCAGUGGAGAUCCAUCAUCCGGAUGACGGAAGCGGCGGCGCUGGUCCGCCACACUCGUCACCAGCGGCGCCAGCCACGUCGCCUUCAUCUUCCUCCAUGGAACGGCAUCAUCAUCAGCAACGGGACGAAGAAGCCAACAAUUCGCUGAUUUCUUCAUCUCGCCAAGCAGCUUGCCGGCAGCAAUUGAGGGAGACGAGUUUUCAACUGAGUCAUCAGUUAAAUGCCAUCCUGCCGUCGGCAGAGGAUUGUCCGGCCUCCACGCCGUCCAUCACCGCCACCACCAGCACCGUCCAGCAGCGCAAGCGAAUCAACAUGGCCGGCGUAUCCAACGAGAACGGCCGCCUCCCUCUCAUCUCAUCCCUCCACUCGGUUGGCAAGUCGCCGGAUAAUGGGGGCCAUGGCCAUCAUUCCUCCAAGGCGACGUCGUCAAGUCCUCCAGCGACUCCUGGGCGACGUUGUCCAGCUGCCAUUCAGCAACAGCAGCAGCACCACGGCAACAGCGGCCAGCACCAGUUCCAGAACAGCCCGAUCAACUCGCUCAAUCUCGCACAGUUGCGACGGGCCAGAGCCAUCGCCGUCGAUCGGAUUUCCCGCACCGGCUUCCCGCUCAGCUUCUUCCUCCUCAACGUUAUCUACUGGAGUGUUUUCCUCAACAGCGGAGACGAUCUGAAUUUCCCCUCACAAACUGCUGGCCAGCCGUGAAAAAAAAAGAAAACAAUUUAAAAAAAUUAUAAUUCAUUUUAUUUAACGAUAAGAUUUUUUUGAAGUCAUUAUAAACAACAAUUUUUAACACAGUUAAAUAUUUUAAAAACUACGGAAUUCAGUAUAGGAUAAUAGCAGUU